AUGUCGGACCGGCCCAGGGGCGCUAGUCCUAAAAGAGAAAGCGGUCGAGCGGGACUACGCCGGUCAAGGGUAAAGGAGGUGUGGAUCAGGAAGAAGCUAGAUAUCAAUCUAAUAAAAGUAAAUACAAUUGACAAAGUUGUCAAAGGGAAGCAAACUUCCUAA